GCCCCGCCGCCCGCUUCUCCCCGCCGCUCCCCGCGAGCCCGGCCCGGCGCGCCUGACGUGGACCAUUAAACUUGGAGCUGCCGCCUCGUCCCCUCUCUCCUCCUCCUCCCUCUGACAGGCGAGCGAGCGGCUCGGUGCAGGCAGGAGACGUGCUGCCGGGCUGGGCUGCCCGGGGAAGAUGACUUCUCGCCAGGAGGGCGCCUCUGGGAAGAAGACCACGGGGGAAGCAAAGUUUCAGGGCAGCUGAGGAGCCUUCGCCAGCCCUUCCCAGCCCUGUCACCCCUCUGGCUAUGGAGGGCGGACUCUAAAAUGAAUCCCGAUCUGGACACCGGCCACAACACAUCAGCACCUGCCCACUGGGGAGAGUUGAAAAAUGCCAACUUCACUGGCCCCAACCAGACCGCGAGCAACUCCACACUGCCCCAGCUGGACAUCACCAGGGCCAUCUCCGUGGGCCUGGUGCUGGGCGCCUUCAUCCUCUUUGCCAUCGUGGGCAACAUCCUAGUCAUCUUGUCUGUGGCCUGCAACCGUCACCUGAGGACGCCCACCAACUACUUCAUCGUCAACCUGGCCAUUGCCGACCUGCUGCUAAGCUUCACCGUGCUGCCCUUCUCCGCGGCCCUGGAGGUGCUCGGCUAUUGGGUGCUGGGCCGUAUCUUCUGUGACAUCUGGGCCGCCGUGGAUGUCCUGUGCUGCACAGCCUCCAUUUUGAGCCUGUGUGCCAUCUCCAUCGACCGCUACGUCGGGGUGCGCUACUCUCUGCAGUACCCGUCGCUGGUCACCAGGAGGAAGGCCAUCUUGGCACUCCUCAGUGUCUGGGUCUUGUCCACGGUCAUCUCCAUUGGGCCUCUUCUCGGGUGGAAGGAACCGGCGCCCAAUGAUGACAAGGAAUGUGGGGUCACUGAAGAACCCUUCUACGCCCUCUUCUCCUCCCUGGGCUCCUUCUACAUCCCUUUGGCGGUCAUUCUGGUCAUGUACUGCCGUGUCUACAUCGUUGCCAAGAGGACCACCAAGAACCUGGAGGCUGGAGUCAUGAAGGAGAUGUCCAACUCCAAGGAGCUGACCUUGAGGAUCCACUCCAAGACCUUUAACGAGGACACCCUCAGCAGUACCAGGGCCAAGGGCCACAACCCCAGGAGUUCCAUAGCUGUCAAACUUUUUAAGUUCUCCCGGGAAAAGAAAGCCGCCAAGACCUUGGGCAUUGUAGUUGGUAUGUUCAUCUUGUGUUGGCUCCCCUUCUUCAUUGCUCUACCACUUGGCUCCCUGUUCUCCACCCUGAAGCCCCCCGACGCCGUGUUCAAGGUGGUGUUCUGGCUGGGCUACUUCAACAGCUGCCUCAACCCCAUCAUCUACCCGUGCUCCAGCAAGGAGUUCAAGCGCGCCUUUGUGCGCAUCCUCGGGUGCCAGUGCCGCGGCCGCCGCCACCGCCGCCGUCGCCGCCGCUUGGGCGGCGGCGCCUACACCUACCGGCCGUGGACGCGCGGCGGCUCGCUGGAGCGGUCGCAGUCGCGCAAGGACUCGCUGGAUGACAGCGGCAGCUGCCUGAGCGGCAGCCAGCGGACCCUGCCCUCGGCCUCGCCGAGCCCCGGCUACCUGGGCCGCGGCGCGCCGCCGCCCGUCGAGCUGUGCGCCUUCCCGGAGUGGAAGGCGCCCGGCGCCCUCCUGAGCCUGCCCGCGCCCGAGCCCCCGGGCCGCCGCGGCCGCCACGACUCGGGCCCGCUCUUCACCUUCAAGCUGCUGGCGGAGCCCGAGAGCCCCGGGACCGACGGAGACGCCAGCCACGGGGGCCACGAGGCCGCAGCCGACGUGGCCAACGGGCAGCCCGGCUUCAAAAGCAACAUGCCCCUGGCUCCCGGGCAGUUUUAGGGCCCGGCGCACCGCUUCCUUUCCCUGGGGAGCCAAUCAUCGUGGGGGGCGGGCGG